UUAAAACUAAUUUUUUUAAUCGACUAUCUAAUAAUUUUAAUAAUUUUAAUUAAAUCAUUAAUAGUUAAUUAUAAUUAAAAAUUAUGUUUUAAUUUAAUAAAACAUUCACAUAUUUAAAUAACUAAACAGAAUCUGAAAUUUACUCUUAUUUCUAUAUUACAAUUUUAAUUAAAUUUUUAAUUUCAGACGAACUUUAACGUACUUUAUAUUACUUUUACAAAAUGUAUUUGAAUGAAAUUUUUGAAAUAAUUUCUCUGCUGCUUUAUUUUUCUUAAUCCUUUUCUUAUUACCAUUAUACACUUGUUCCUAAGAUUAAAUACUACGAUUUUGCUAAUCGAUAAUAAGUCUUUCUUCCUCUCGAAAUGGCACAGUGCGACUCUGGCAGCUAAUAACGACGUUUCGUUCCCCUUACAAGAGGCAUUUGAAAUUAAUUGAGCAGCUGCAACAGUAUAUGAGAUACAAGGAAUUGCCGUAUUCCUUGCAACAACGAGUGCUGUCCUACUACAAUUACCGAAACAAGAAAGGAUUUGAGAGAGAUAAGAUGAUUAUCAAUCACGUGUCGCCCUACUUGCGAGAAAAGCUUCUUCUGCACAAUUAUCGCCGACUACUGGACAACGUGGAGCUGUUCGGAUACCUGCCGCGGGCGGUGAUGGCCCAAUUGAUCGGCUCCGUGCGCUCCGAGAUUUUCAUGCCGGACGACACGCUGGUGAAAGCUGGCGCGCGCAGCGACGCUCUGUACUUCAUCGCCUCCGGCACCGUGGCCGUCUACAAUAACGUGGAGGAAGAGAUCUGCCACUUGGAGGACGGCGCGUACUUCGGCGAGCUGGCCCUGCUGAUGGAGGACGAUCGUUGGAUCGCGAGCGUCGUCGCCGCGGAGAACUGCGAGGUCCACGUGCUGACGCGCCUCGACUUCCGGAACGCCUUGGCGCUGCAUCCCGAACUCCUGACGCACCUGCAGAACGUCACGCUCGCGCGUUCGGAGCGAACGCUGCUCGAGGAGGUUCACGAACGGGAGGCACCGCCGAUCAUGUCCGGGAACAUCAACAUCAGCAGCAUAAAGACCAAGAGGCGGGACUAGGCCGAAUGAAUGUUAGGCGAGA